AUGUCGAUCAACGGACUGACGGUAGGAGACAAUGGCUAUUCAGUGCCCUUUCUGCCCUUAGAUAUGGAAAUAAUAGCAUACAAUGCUGCUCCUGUGGUAAAGAUGAAAGUCUGGCCUGUUUCAGAAACUGACGCUAGACGCAACGAUAAGAAGAUCAUCCGCCUUGAAGGUCGUCUAUUUGUCACCUCUCAACGAUUGAUAUUUUUCAAUGAUGAUCGAAAUAGCCAAGAUAUUCGUAAUCUUGUAAUAUUAUUCCGGCAGCUUACACUGUCAAAAGAAAAAGAUAGUCCCAUCGACCUGAUUAUGCCGUGGUUUGGAGCGAACUCGCUUAAAUUCGAAUUUCGGAUUCUAUUAGAACAAGUUCUGAACAAUGGACCCUGGCUCGAUAGCUCGUAUACGUGGCGAUGCGAGCUCACAUUGGAAAAACAGUCCCGCGCAGUUCGCGAUAUUUUCCAGCUGCAUGACGUUAUUAAUGGUGCCUUGGCUUCUAACUCUGUUCGUAGUCCGCCAGGGCAUGGUGGAGACGAGGAAGAAGAAGGCUUACCCAAGUACGCUCCGUAG